AGGAGGGGGGGAAGGGCUCCCCAAUAAGGAGCUUGAGACGCGCGCCGGCUUCCAAGCAUCACGUGUCGAAAGAGUGGUUAUAAAUCCCCACAGCCGGCGAAGGAGGCGAGACAAGGGGGGGGCAUCAAGGAUCCAGGGGAGGUCGAGAGAGAGAGAGAGAGAGAGAGGAGGAGGACUCAACUAGCCCCCUUUGUUCAGCGCUGCCCAUAAGAAGCCCCGGGGCCGGGCAGAAAGAGGGAAUCAAUCGUCUUGGUCCCAGGAGGACCCUUUGUAGCCAUGUCGCGCUCCUUCUACGUGGACUCGCUGAUCGUCAAGGACUCGGCGCGGCCCUCCACGGGUGAGCACCCUCCACACCCUCCGCACCCGCACCAGCACCACCCUCCGGGCCCUCCCCAGGACUUCCUCAUCCCACUGGGCGUGAUGUCCAUGGCCCCCGGGGGAAGCGGCUUGCACGGCUGCGGAGGGGCGUCGCGCAAGAGCAGCGGCUUCUGCGUGUGUCCCCUCUGUGUCGCCUCGCACCUGCACGCCUCCUCCUCGGCCCGGGUCGGAGCGGCGGCGGCAGGAGCCCCAGGAGGAGGAGGAGCCGCCAUCCCCUUGCUCAAGGGCCACCACCAGCAUCACAACCACUUCUCCGCCGCCGCAGGAGGAGGAGGAGAAGUGCCCUUCAGCCACCCGGCGCAGCCGCCUUCCCCGCAGCAGAGCGGAUUGGCCAGCUCCGCGGCAACAGUGGCAGCGAGGGUCCACGCCUUGGGCCACCCACCUGUCUGCACGGCCGCCGCCUACAGCCUGAGCGACCCCCGGCGCUUCCACUGCCUCGGCAUGGGAGCUUCGGACGGGACGGGCCCGCUACAAAACGGGAAGCGGAUGCGGACGGCCUUCACCAGCACACAACUCCUGGAGCUGGAGCGGGAGUUUUCCUCCAACAUGUACCUCUCGCGGCUGCGGCGCAUCGAGAUCGCCACGUACCUCAACCUGUCCGAGAAGCAGGUCAAGAUCUGGUUCCAGAACCGGAGGGUGAAGCACAAGAAAGAGGGCAAAGGCGCCCAACGCAACACCCACGGCGGCUGCAGCUGCACCGGCAACCCGGGCCGAUACCCGCGCUCCGAGGACGAGGACUCCCUCUCGCCCGCCUCGGCCAGCGAGGACAAGGCCUCCCCGUUGUGAGAAGCCCCUUUGGGACCCAGAGGGCUGGCUCGCCUUGGCUCGGGCACCAGAAAGGGUCGAGAAAGUGGGACAAUGGUUCUAUUCUCCUCCGGUUCUGAACUGUUUAACACAGUCCCAGAAAAGAGUCCCCCCCCUCCUUUUCACACACAUUUAUCACUGCCAUGGGUAUGGAGAAAGACAAGACUCCUUGAGUUAUCGAAGGCAUUCAUGGCCGGAAUCACUGGGUUGCUGUGAGUUUUCCGGGCUGCGUGGCCCAUGUUCCAGAAGAAGCAUUCUCUCGUGACGUUUCGCCCACAUCCAUGGCAGGCAUCCUCAGAGGUUGUGAGGUCUGUUGGAAACUAAGCAAGGGAGGUUUGUAUAUCUGGAAAGUCCAGGGUGGGAGAAAGAACUCUUGUCUGUUUGAGGCAAGUGUGAAUGUUUCAAUUGGCCACCUUGAUAAGCAUUGAAUAGCCUGGCAGCUUCAAAGCCUGGCUGUUUCCUGCCUAAAAAAUCAAAAUGAAAUCACGAAAAUGAACAAAAUUUGGCUAUCAGGAUUUUUUUUUUAAACCCUCUUAAAUAAGGACAUUAAGUAAGAGAACAACACUCUGAAGACAGGGGAAUAUCAGACAGGAGACAAUCAGGGGCAGUUAACACUUCCCAACAAAGAAUUUCCCCAGGCAGGAAACAGACAGGCUUUGAAGUUGUAUUCUAAUCAAGCUGGCCAAUUGAAACAUUCACAAUUCAUCAUCUUGUUUAGCAUUGAAUGGCCUUUUAACUUCAAGGCUGCUUAUUGCCUGGAGGAAUCCUUUGUUGGGAGGUGUUCACUGGCCCUGAUUGUUUCAUGCCUGUUUUCUGAGUGUUGUUCUUUAUUUACUGUCCCGAUUUUAGAGGGUUUUUUUUUUAAAUAGUGGUAGCCAAAUUUUGUUCAUUUUCAUGGUUUCCUCCUUUCUAUUGAAAUUGUCCACAAGUAAACAAGAGUUCUUUCUCCCACCCUGGACCUUCCACAAAUGUAUAAACCCCACUUGCAUGGUUUCCAACAGACCUCACAAGCUCAGAGGAUGCCUGCUGUACAUGUGGGUGAAAUGUCAGGAGAUAAUGCUUCUGGAACAUGGCUAUGCAGUCCUGAAAUCUUACAGCAACCCAGUGAUUCCGACCAUGAAAGCCUUCUGACAAGACUCUCCUUUUUUGUACAGAUAUUUGUAUAAAAUUUGCAAGUUUGGAUGGGGGUAUGUGAAGGGGUAGAAUCCGAAUUAAAGUGGUUUCGGUUUUCUCA